UGCGCAGUACGGAUUGUGAAAGAGCAGCGAACCGCGGCUAACGACAUGCGAUUUACCGAGCGCUGUAAUUCUUCUUGAAUUAGCACAGACCCAAGUAAAGCCUCGACGCACUCCGUCCCUCACCGCGUUACGAGAACUAAACAGAAUAAAUCAGCUUUUCGCGUCCGCAUAAUCUCGCCCGGGUGCUUGUUGGGGUUUCUGUGGCCAACUUGGCUUGCUAGCCGCAAACAAAGAGCAACGUCGAGUCCAGGAGAGAUCAAGUGAGCGCAACGCGUUGUGAUUGUCGCGUGAAAAUGUGUGCGCGGAAGACGCCAGAGCACAAAGAGAAACUUGGUAGGACAGAAGACGACAUCAAGCCACAACGUCACUUACUGAAUGCGCUUUGCAAGUUGGAGCCUCGAGUUGUGUUCCUCGGAGCAGACAUUGGGGAAGGAAAUCUCCAUCCCGAGGAGCAGGAGUCAGAGUCCCUGCAAAUGAGAGAGAUGGAGAUGGAGGUGGAGGAGCAAGAGCCUCCUCGCAUUAAAGAAGAACAGCAGGAGGAUGAGAUCAGCAAGUUCCCAUCGACUGCCGUCAGUGUGAAGAGUGAAGAAGGCGACGGAGAGCAUCGGGGAGGGUCCCACACUUUUGCUCCACUUUCAGAUGGGGAUGACAUCACGCCACACACUUCUGACACCGACGAUAACAAUCACAAACAGUCAAACGGCGACACGGAAUGUCACACUGACAACAAACCGGUGAGAUGUCUUCAGUGUGACAAAACCUUUGUCAAAAAGUCCAACUUGAAAAGACACAUAAGAACACACACUGGGGAAAAACCCUUUGCCUGCUCAGUUUGUGGGAGAAGAUUCACUCAAAGAAGCACUUUAACGAGGCACACAAAAACGCACACCGGGGAAAAACCCGUGGCCUGUUCGGUUUGUGGGAAAAGGUUCACACAACGAUGUGAUUUAACGGUUCACACGAGAACACACACUGGGGAAAAACCUUUUGCCUGUUCAGUUUGUGGGAAAAGAUUCAUUCACAGGGGAGAUUUGUCAAGGCACACAAGAACGCACACUGGAGAAAAACAUUUUUCCUGCUCGGUAUGUGGGAAAAGGUUCAGUAGAAAGGAGUAUUUAAAAGACCACCUCAGAACACACGCUCUUUUGCACGGUGGAUUUCCGAAAGCACACAGUGACGCACUCUGGUGAGAAACCCUUUGCUUGCUCAGAUUGUGGCCAAAGAUUCUCUCGCUGGGGAACGAACGCUGAUGAGAAACCUUUUCUGUGCUCCCUUUCCUGUCAAAAUGUCUCUCACACCAGUGAGACUUUUUGCCUGCUCAGUUGGUGGUCAAAGGUUCUCCCGAGCAGGUUCAUGUCAAGAGACACAAGUAGCCUGAUGAGGAACAAGGUAGUCACGAAGCUUUGAAUGGAAAUGCACACGCUUAACAGGAUGUAUGAUGUGAAUUAUUAAACAAAACUACA